UGUGACGGUCAGUACAUCCCGCUGCCCAGCCUUCAGGGCAUCGCCGUGUUAAACAUUCCCAGCUACGCAGGAGGAACCAACUUCUGGGGCGGCACCAAGGAGGAUGAUAUCUUCUGCGCGCCGUCUUUUGAUGAUAAGAUCCUGGAGGUGGUGGCUGUGUUCGGCAGCAUGCAGAUGGCUGUUUCCAGAGUCAUCAAGCUGCAGCACCAUCGCAUAGCGCAGUGUCGGACGGUGAAGAUCACCAUCCUGGGAGACGAGGGGGUUCCCAUCCAGGUGGACGGGGAAGCCUGGAUCCAGCCGCCGGGAGUCAUCAAGAUCCAGCACAAGAACCGAGCGCAGAUGCUCACCAGAGACCGGGCGUUUGAGAACACGCUGAAGUCUUGGGAGGACAAGCUGAAGUACGAUAAGCCUCCUCUGCGUCCUCACCUCUACCCUCAGCAGUCUGUGGAUCUGGCCACGGAGGAGGAGGCCUCGCUGGUGCAGAUGUGUGCCAGAGCUGCCGAGGAGCUCAUCACCAGGAUUUGCGAGGCUGCGAAGACCAACGGGCUUCUGGAGCAGGAGUUAGCUCACGCUGUCAACGCUGCGUCUCACGCCAUCAACAAAACGCACCCCAAGUUCCCAGAGAGUCUGACCAGGAACACAGCGAUCGAGGUGGCCAGUACCGUCAAGGCUCUGUACAACGAGACCGAGUCUCUGCUGCUGGGCCGAGUCUCUCUGCAACUGGACCCUCCAGAGGAGGAGCAGCUGUCCAGCGCUCUGCAGACUGUUGAGCUGGAACUGGGCAAACUGGGAGAAAUCCCCUGGUUGUACCACAUACUGCAGCCCAAUGACGAGGAGGACCACACUCUGGGUUACGGCAAGAGAAACAGUCGCAGCAGCAUGUUUCGCAUAGUGCCCAAGUUCAAGAAGGAGAAGGCCGCCAAGAAGUCGAGUCCUCAGUCAGUGGAGAGAUGGGGCACAGAGGAGGUGGGCGUCUGGCUGGAGCAGCUGAGUCUGGGGGAGUACAGGGACACCUUCACGCGACACGACAUCCGAGGCUCGGAGCUGCUGCACCUGGAGAGGAGGGACCUGAAGGAUCUGGGGAUAUCGAAAGUGGGUCAUAUGAAGAGAAUUCUCCAGGGAACUAAGGACCUGGCAAAGGCCUCCAUGGUUGAUCUCUAACCCGGGAGAAAAAAAAAAAAAAGCUUCCGGAGAGGGGAAACAAACCCUCCCCUUUACAUGAGUGGAAGCGUUUAGGAGCACCGCAGGCAGUGAAGGAGGAAGAUAGGUGUUCGAGGAGAGCUGGAUGUUACUAUCCCUCUGCUGAGAAAGCCUUUGCGAUGUUGUGAACAAGAUGCAUUUGUGUGUUUGUGCUUUGGUGCCAAAAUGAUGGAUCAAGAAAGCUGAUGGAAGUGGGAGGGUGGGAGAAAGAAAAGCCAUUUCUGAUUUAAUAACCAUUCAUAGCACAUAAUCAGGUAUGCAAAUAACCACACUGUUGACAGCUGACUGAUAACAACAAACUAGUAGCAAAACUUAAGACUUCCAUGAGUGUGAGGUUCGGUUUCAGUUCAGCUGCACAUGCAUUAAAGCAGGAUUUUAGUAGAGACAGAGAAGGUCACCACUGAGGUGAUAAUCUGGAAGCUGUGGAUACUGUCGCAUGCUAUGCUUGCUCAACUUUAGAUAUGUUUAAUUGCAUGAUUAGUGUCUUGAUUUAUUUGUGUCCAGAAUAACACUUGAACAAGUUUUACAUGACUUAAGUAUUACGAUGCCAUUUGUUACUACUGAUCGCAUCCUUUUUUUGGUCUAAAAGUUUUUUUUUUUCUAGCUUUAAUUUAUUUCGUUUGCAUGAUAAUGACGUGUCAAAGAUUUCUGUCAAGUGCCAUAUUUUCGGUCAUUUAGUGUAAAAUGUGCUCUAUUGGUAGAAAAAAAAGCCGUCGAUGAGGUGUGUGGAAUUAUUAAGUGGACGCGUUCUCUGUGGAUGUGAAAAUCAGUACCAAAGUGAAUGUCUAAGAAAGCAUCCGAUGACUUUUUAUUUAAUAGGCCAGCAGAUGUUAGGUCGUAAUUCCAUUUAAGGUGGGAAAAAAGUUUAGUAUUAGUCAAGAAGAAAGACGCCAACCACAUAUACUGUAGGGUUGUUGAGUUUUGUUUGUUUUGUUUUUUUUAAGGAAUACUUAAAAGGCACUUUUUACUUCUUGCUUUACGCAAGUGCAAAUCCUCAUAUCAUUACAUAGAAUUCACCUCAACUUUUUAACUUUUGGCAACUUAACGCAGUAUUUAACACUAACAAGAAUAGUUUGGAAUAGAGCAGUUGAUCUGCAGCCUGCAUAGCAUCGCUCAAGUGCAGCUUUUUUUUCCUUCAAAUUACGAGUGAGACGCUGAUAGGACACUACUUUUAGUUUCUUUUAAGACUGGUGGCAUUACAGGGUAUAUUUCUAUAUGUGAUGCUAAGUUUGUAUAUAUAUAAAUAUAUAUAUGCACUGUAUAUACAGUAUACCAGUGUAUGCAAACAAUGUUUUUAAGUGUUGUAGUCUAAUGCGUUUGUAGAUUGCUGACAUGGCAUGCUUUGUCAACAGCUCACACGUUUGAUUGUGUAUAUUACACCAUAACAGUUGUGUAUUGUUGAUUUGGUUCUAAUCUCUUGUACAUGAUAAUGCUGUUGUAUUCUAAUGAUGGUGCAAUAUUUGAUCUCUUGUUUUGAUACUGUCUCUGAAGCUUUCUGACAUGAUGUUUCUCAGUGGGGGGAAAAAAAAGGAAGAGUGUUUUUUUCUACAUGUUCUCCUCCUCGACGUUUGGGGAUUUUAAAAAGUUAGACCCAUAGACAGAUUUUCUUACUGACUCCAAAUUUCUUCCAGCGGUUCACUAGUUUGUAGUUUUUUGCUCCUCUGUGCUUCCAGGAUGAGACACUAAAGUAGGACUGUGUCGGCGAGUGUGUAGAAUGGGCAGACAUGACUGUUGUGUUGAUUUGUAUCACAGUGUGUGUGUGUGUGUGUGUGUGUGUGUGUGUGCGUGUAGUACAACAGUGGCACAUUGUACCUGAUCAGCAAACUGUAUGCUUUUCAUUGCCAACUAAUUUUACUGUGUUGUUUCAAUGUUUUCCCUUUAAUUAUGUUGAUACAGAGUAUUUAGUGCUACCGUUUAACAAGGCGCACAAGUUUUCACCAGGAAUCAUUAAAGUAUCCAGAGUAGAAACAGAAUGUGAGUGAAUCAGGGCCUCGACUGCAGCUGAACAGUCUUUUUUUAACUACAAACCCAGUAAACGGUAACCUUCAGAGAACCUUCAGAGAACCUUCCUCAUGGUUUGUGUGAAAUCUUCAGAAAAUGUCUAGUUAAUGUUCCCAAACCUCAGGGAACCUCAAUGGAGGUUUCCCUGAAGGUUCCCUUACAGUCUAUUGAAUGUUUCCCAAACAUUCCAUGAAGGUUCCUUAAUUGCUAUUCAUGACGCAUACAGAAAACAUUACCUGAACACAAGGGUAAAGGUUCCCUGAUGGAUAAUGCUUGGGAACUUUCAACUUACAUUCAGUGAACGGUCCUUGAACACUUCAUGAAGGUUACCUAUUCACUGAACUGGCAGAGAAUGUCCAGAGGAUGUUUCUUGAACAUUCUAUGACGAUUUCUUGAUUGUUAUUGUUCAUUGAACCUUCAGGGAACAUCUACGGAACAUUCUCUGAACAUUUCAUAAAGGUCCCCAGAUGAUUACUGUUCAUUAAACCUUCAGAGAACUGUCAUGGAACAAUUCCUAAACAUUGCAGAAAGGUUCCGUGAUGGUUACUGUUCAUUAAACAUCCAGAGAACAUUUUGAGAAUGUUCCCUGUACAUUCUACUUUUUUGGAAACCUUCACGGAUUAUUCCCUGACUAUUCCAUGAAGGUUCCUUGAUGGUUACUAGUUACUGAACGCUCAGGGAAUGUCCAGAGAAUGUUUCCAGAGCAGUCCAUGAAAAGUACUGUUCUGGAACCUCAGGGAACCUUUAGGGAACAUCCUGGGAAUUUUACUCAAACAUCCCAUGAAGCUGAUGGUUUCUGUUCAUUGAACCUUCAAAGAACAUCCAGGGAACAUUUUCUGAGCGUUGUACUGUUUGGGAGGCUUCAGGGAACGUCAAUGGAUCAUUCCCUAAAUAUUCCUUGAAGGAUGCCUCAGGGGUACUGUUUGGGAACCUUCAAGGAACCUUUAAGGAGCAUCCAGGCAACAUUACCUGAACAGUUCAUAAAGGUUUUCUGAUGAUUACUUUUCAUCGAAUCUUCAUAGAAUGUCCAGAGAACAUUUCCCAAACAUUGUAUAAAGAUUCCCGGAUGGUUACUGUUAACUGAUUCAUCAGAGAACAUUCAGGGAACAUUUUAUUGACAUUCCCUGUGGGCUACUGUUUGUUGUGAAGGUUUCUUGCUGAUUGAAAUGGCCUGCAUGCAUCUAAGUGGCAGCUAGGGCUGAACAAUGAAGUCACUUCAAAUUGAGAUGCAACAAUUAUUCACUUAGUUGUUUGGUAUUUAACUAAUUGCCACUUUCACUUUGAUAAUUGGCUUGAGAGUUGUUUUAAAGUUCAAAUUCUGUAAUUGCAUAAUAAUGUGAAUAUUUUCUGGUUUCUUUUCUCCUCUAUGGUAGAAAAAAAGUAGUGAUUUACAGGUUUGUUUUAAGAGAAUAGAAAAGAAAC